UGGAAAAAUAAUUAAUUCAACAAAGUUUCCAUAUGAGUUUCCUCUGAUCUGGCACAAUACCAUUGGUUGAGUUGUUCAUAUUUUUGAGUCAUUAGACCAGACAUUGCUGUUGUUUUUCCCUUUGAAUCACAACAAUUAAUUUUUUGAAGAUGUACAAGCAAGCUUUAAUGGCGGAUGCAUGGAUAAGGGAAGCUGAAGAAGCAUUGAAGUUGGUGGAAGACAUAGAAAAUAGAGUAAACAACAAGAACCCAUCACUACAACACCAUGGAAAUUGCGUUAUAGACAUUGCCGCUCGUUCCAAGCUUUUAGAUGUUGGGAUAAAAAUUGAUCGACUUGAAUCACUUCUUAGAAACCCUCCUUCAAAACCCAUUUUAACGAAUGAAGAUAUCGACUAUAGAUGGAAGAUGCUAUCGGAUAUGCAGCUAAGAACCAAAGCUUUGGCUCUUAGGCUGUAUGCAUUACCAACUUCGAGCAGGCCUGGAAACUCGACUCAUGGAAAUCACAACGACAUGAACAAAAUCAUCACCGACUACAUACAAGAUCGAACAAAAUCAUUCUCGUCCGAAGAGGAUCGAGAGCUUUUCCGACCACUUAUUGCUAACGAUGUAUCAAUGACGAGCCAAGUGCAGACGAAACAAGGCAGUACUUCUACUCCACUGAGUUUUCUCCAGAAGAUUUGCUGGUUCUUCGGUGCAAUACUCGGAUUAGCUGCACUUACAUUUAUCUUAAUUCUUAUCUGUGCAGUCAUAUAAUCUAAUACUUAUCCGAGCUGUUCCAACACAGGAAGGCUCAAAUUAUAGGUUGAAUACAUAGCUACAUACAGAUUUUUAGAGUACGGUAGAAUUAUAUAAUCGACAAUUAUUAACAUUGGUAAACGACCCAAAACAAUUUGAUUAUAAUUCAAUUCAUAAUAGUCGUAAGUAGAAAGUUCAUAUUCUUCUAUCAUUGAUAAAUAA